GCGGAGAGCACGUGUUUCCUCUCCCUUCCUGCCGGGCCCAGCCGCCUUAUUUCCCCCGUGCGUUGGGGGCUGCGGGGCUGAGCAGCCGGGCCCGCCGCGUGCGGGCUGUGCCCGAGGGAGCCCCCUGCCAGCUGCAGCCAUGCCGAUGAAGGGCCGGUUCCCCAUCCGCAGGACCCUGCAGUACCUGACCCAGGGGGAGAUCGUCCUCAAGAGCGCGGUGAAGGUGAUGACUGUGAACUACAACACCGCGGGGCAGCUGAGCGAGGGGGCCAGAAAAUUUGUGUUUUUCAACAUCCCUCAGAUUCAGUACAAAAACCCCUGGGUCCAGAUCGUGAUGUUUAAGAACAUGACCCCUUCGCCGUUUCUAAGGUUCUAUUUAGAUAGUGGUGAGCAAGUCUUGGUUGAUGUGGAAGAUAAAAGCAACAAAGAGAUAGUGGAGCACAUUAAAAAAAUCUUGGGUAAAAGCGAGGAAACACUAAAAAAAGAGGAGCAAGAGAAAAAGCAGCUCUCUCAUCCUGCAACCUUUGGACCCAAAAAAUAUCACCUGCGUGAAUGUAUGUGUGAAAUUGAAGGCCAGGUUCCCUGCCCUGGUCUAGUACCGCUGCCUAAAGAGAUGACGGGCAAAUAUAAAGCUGCCAUGAAAGACAAAGCCACAGCCUGAUUUAACAAUCAGGCAAUUUGCUGACAGACGAGGUGCUUCAGUAACUGCGGCCGACUUCAUAGCCUCUCCUCACACCCCCAAAAAACUGGUCCAUGUUAUUAGAUGAAAGUCCUUGAUUCACAAGAGGUCUUUUCAUAGAUAUGGUUGGACCCAUUAAUGUUGGUUACGCAGACAAGUGGAAGAAAAUAUUUUUAAAUAAAUCUUUUUAAAACGUCA